CAACGAUGCAGAAAAUGAAGCUUUAGGUAAAAGUUAAAUAGAUGUUGAAUGCUUGUAUAGUUCAACUAAAGAUCAGAUUUUCCAGUAGGUGGAGCUGCUCUAAAGAUUUUCUGAGAUGAUGCAGGAGGAUCAGCCUCAAAGUGACAAAAGAUUAAUUUUGAUUCAAAAAAGAAUUUGAGAAUAAAUAAAUUAACUUUGAUUGUUUCUUCAUUAAACUAAUUCUGAGUCGAUACAGGCUCAUCUCUCCCUCUCUCUUCGUCUGUUCUUGUGUAACUCUCUCCUCCUCCCUAUCUCUCCUCACACUUCCCUCUCCAUGCUUAACCGCCCGGCAGAAGCGGUGAGUGAGUGGUCCGCGCGCUCCUCCUGCGCUCUUUUACGCUCCACUGGAGAGCUCCGCGCCAGUCAGACAGAGUUGGCUCAGCGGAGCGCACAGCUCCAGUCAGAGAUCCUCUGCUGUCUGGAGGGAUAUCCGAGCAAAAGAGACAACAACUGCACAAGGACGCAACAAUUGCUUGUAACUGAGGCUGAGCGCGCGCGGAAGUGACCAUGGCGCAUUUUACGCACUGCAGGUAACCGGCGUUUGGGAGUCUAAAACAACCAAAAACAUGGAUUAAACUGUCAGGUUCUUCUCCGAUCUACCAGAGAAGAGUUGACAUGGCAGCCCUUCGCAGAAAAUUUGGAGAGGAUUACCAGGUGGUCAACACAAACCGGGCGUCCACUUUUUCCGCUCCGGUCAAGAAGAAACGGCAGCGCUUCGUGGACAAGAACGGCCGCUGUAACGUCCAGCACGGGAACCUGGGAGGGGAGACCAGCAGGUACCUCUCUGACCUCUUCACCACUCUGGUGGACCUCAAGUGGCGCUGGAACCUCCUCAUCUUCAUCCUCACCUACACCAUCGCGUGGCUGGUCAUGGCGUCCAUGUGGUGGAUCAUCGCGUACAUUCGUGGAGACUUAAAUCACGGCCACGACUCGUCCUACACCCCCUGCGUGGCCAAUGUUUACAACUUCCCCUCAGCUUUCCUUUUCUUCAUCGAGACUGAGGCCACCAUCGGCUACGGCUACAGGUACAUCACGGAGAAGUGUCCGGAGGGCAUCAUCCUCUUCCUCUUCCAGUCGCUGCUGGGCUCCAUCGUGGACGCCUUCCUCAUCGGCUGCAUGUUCAUCAAAAUGUCCCAGCCCAAGAAGCGCGCGGAGACGCUCAUGUUCAGUCAGGACGCGGUGAUUUCCCAGAGAGACGGGAAGCUGUGCCUGAUGUUCCGCGUGGGCAACCUGCGCAACAGCCACAUGGUGUCUGCGCAGAUCAGGUGCAAACUCAUCAAGUCCCGCCAGACUCCUGAGGGCGAGUUCCUACCUCUGGACCAGUGCGAGCUGGACGUUGGCUUCGGGACGGGUGCAGAUCAGCUCUUCCUUGUGUCCCCCCUCACUAUUUGUCACGAAAUUAAUCCCAAGAGUCCUUUCUUCGAUCUGUCGCAGCGCUCUCUCAUGAACGAGCAGUUUGAGAUCGUGGUGAUCCUUGAGGGCAUCGUGGAGACCACAGGCAUGACAUGCCAGGCACGGACGUCAUACACCGAAGACGAGGUUUUAUGGGGCCAUCGCUUCCUGCCGGUGAUGUCCCUGGAGGAGGGCUUCUUCAGGGUCGAUUACUCUCAGUUCCACAGCACAUUUGAGGUGCCGACACCUCCUUACAGUGUCAAAGAGCACGAGGAGAAGAAUUCAUUGCCCUCGCCGCUUUCCACUCCCACCCCGGCCCUGGCUGAGCACCACGGCGGUCGGCGAGACCGAGUGUUUUCUGUGGAUUGUAUAAACAGUUCAGAGGAGGGGAGCCGGCAGGGAGGGGGCGGGGGCCGGCUGCCGAGCAAGCUGCAGAGGAUGAGCUCAUCCGGGAAGGAGGACCUGCAGAGGAAGGUGCUUUUGCUCAGCUCCCAGCACUCGGAGAAGGCCUGCAGCACCGGAGACCUUCCCCUGAAGCUGCAGCGCCUCAGCUCCUCGCCGAGCCCUGUGACGCAGAACCGCCUGCAGCUGAAAUCCCUCAAAGUGGGAUUUGAACCAAUGACACAGUCAACGGGAGAUCUAUACCAGCGCAGCCCCACGACCGGGCUGCCGUCCACCCCGAUCCCCAUGCACAGCCCUCUACUCUCGGCCGGCGGGAGGCCGGAGGACAACCUGCCAGCAAAACUACGGAAGAUGAACGCAGAUCGCUGAAGAGCGACCACCGACACAGCAGGAACACUCAGACUAACCUUUUGAAGGAGAGAAAAGAUGGGCUAAUAACAAUUAUUUGAUUAUUUUUUUCUUAAAAUGCAAAUGUUUACUGAAAUUACUGUGAUUUUGUGUUUCACAUCAGAAGCAUUCAUGCAACAAAAAAAAACAUUUAUUGAGGAGUUCUGCAGAGGUUGUGCAUGUAUACACAGAAUCUAUUGUUUAACAUAUGCACCACUACUUUAUAGUCUCUUAGUUUUAUCAAAUAUAACUUAUAUUAAGAGCAUAAUAAAAACGGUUCAAUCUUUG